AGAGCCGGAACUAGGCUCGCGGGAGAGGGAAGCGGCGCGUUAAAUCCGCCCCCUCCCCGCACCCCACUUCCGAGGGGGUGGGCGAUAGAGGAGAGGUUGGAGCCGCGGCGAGGGGGCCCCUCCCUUGCACCUCCCCCCCACCGGACUUGGUCGCGCCCGAAGUGUAACACUUUCUCUUUGUCGGAGGAGCUCAACUGUUUCCUGUAGCUCGUGCAGUAGCUCCCGUUGCGGAGGCGCCGGUGGCAGCCCUGGCGGAGGCAGGAGCGAUGGCAGCGACCGAUAUAGCUCGCCAGGCGGGUGAAGGUUGCCGAACUGUCCCGCUGGCUGGACAUGUGGGGUUUGACAGCUUGCCCGACCAGCUGGUGAAUCAGUCAAUCAGCCAGGGCUUCUGCUUCAACAUCCUGUGCGUGGGAGAGACAGGUUUGGGCAAGUCCACCCUCAUGGACACCCUGUUCAACACCAAGUUCGAGGGGGAGCCAGCCACCCACACACAGCCGGGUGUCCAGCUCCAGUCCAAUACAUAUGACCUUCAAGAAAGCAACGUGGGGCUAAAGCUCACAAUUGUUAGCACAGUGGGCUUCGGGGAUCAGAUCAACAAGGAGGACAGCUACAAGCCCAUUGUGGAAUUCAUCGACGCCCAAUUUGAGGCCUACCUGCAGGAGGAGCUGAAGAUUCGCAGGUUACUGCACAAUUACCAUGAUUCCCGCAUCCACGCCUGCUUGUACUUCAUUGCCCCCACGGGGCAUUCCUUGAAGUCUCUGGACCUAGUGACGAUGAAGAAGCUGGACAGUAAGGUAAACAUCAUCCCCAUCAUUGCCAAAUCAGAUGCCAUUUCUAAGAGUGAGCUAACGAAGUUCAAAAUCAAAAUCACCAGUGAGCUUGUCAGCAAUGGAGUCCAGAUCUACCAGUUCCCUACAGAUGAUGAGUUGGUGGCAGAGAUCAACGGAACCAUGAACGCCCACCUGCCGUUUGCUGUCAUUGGCAGCACAGAAGAACUGAAGAUAGGGAACAAGAUGGUGAAGGCGCGGCAGUAUCCCUGGGGCACGGUGCAGGUUGAAAAUGAAGCCCACUGCGACUUUGUGAAGCUGCGGGAGAUGCUGAUCCGGGUCAACAUGGAGGACCUCCGGGAGCAGACCCACAGCCGGCACUAUGAGCUGUACCGCCGCUGUAAGCUGGAGGAGAUGGGCUUUAAGGACACCGACCCUGACAGCAAACCCUUCAGCUUACAGGAGACGUAUGAGGCCAAAAGGAAUGAGUUCCUAGGGGAGCUCCAGAAAAAAGAAGAGGAGAUGAGACAAAUGUUCGUCCAGAGAGUCAAAGAGAAAGAAGCUGAACUUAAAGAGGCAGAAAAGGAGCUGCAUGAGAAGUUUGACCGUCUGAAGAAACUACACCAGGACGAGAAGAAGAAGUUGGAGGAUAAGAAGAAAUCCCUGGAUGAUGAAGUGAGCGCUUUCAAACAGAGAAAGACGGCAGCUGAGCUGCUCCAGUCCCAGGGCUCCCAGGCUGGAGGCUCCCAGACUCUGAAAAGAGACAAAGAGAAGAAGAAGCAAGACGCUCUCUCCCGACUUACAUGGUAUUUUAAAUGGAAGUGUCUUGUCCUAACCUAACAAGGCAGGAGAGGAACCAUCCGAGCUGGAGAAUGGACCAAAUGUAGCCUCAGAGAGACAACUGCAGGACGACUCACCCACGUGUAAGUGGCUGCGGCAGGAGACCUCAGCUGUGGGUGUGGAAGUAGUGCCCACAAGUUUUCGUUUGAGUUUUUCUGUUUUUCUUUUUAAAUGCCAGUUCUCCGGCUCAAUGGGUUGACUGUCUGCGGCCACUCUUAAACAUUUCUGAAUAUGGACGAGAAAGUCAAGCGACAUUCAUAUCUUCUUCAGCAUUCACAGACCUGCAGACCCCCCAGCAAGUGGGGGAAGUGGAUCUACUAACUCUCAGGUGGAGAAGGGAGAGUCGGGGGAGUUUAAGCUUAGUGAGAGCAAAAUGACUCCAUUCAACCUUCCAAGGCCAGUUGGGGUUUUGAGAGAAGUUUCUGCUCAACUUGGGAUCUGGAGGGAGAGCUUUGAUGUUGAAAAAUCUGCCUUGAAUUCAUUGGUUUAACUUGCAUCAAAAUACCAUGUGAGUGUGCUCAUUCCCAUAUAUCCCUACAACCAUUGCCAUUCCACUGUCCUGUGUCUCUUGAGAGAGCCUCUUUGCAUGUUUUCCAGAGUCUGUUUUUCCUUUCUUCUCCUUUGUUCUUUUUGCUCAGAGAUGUGACCAGUCGUUGGCCCUCUGGGGCUUUCAUUCGCCAAGAGAAACAUCCCGAAACCAGCAUUGUUUAGCUUGAUACCUUUCUAAUGUCCAUGCCAAUUUUCAAUAAAAUUCAAAGAAAUGCU